AUGGUGAGGCACACAAACGUGCUUCGCUCUCAAGCUGCGCACUCAGUCUUGGAUUCGUGGGGUUCCACUUUCCAAGAUCCAACCUACCGAGGCUCUGAAUUCCUAGAGCUUCAACAGCCUGACAGGCGGCCGCUACAGCCAUCGUACCUCAAUGGGGGACCUUGGCUUUCAACAUUCGGACACAGUAUCACUGAGUUUGCCUGCGUUUGCCGGUGUAUAACUGGCCACGCGCCCAUUGGAGCGUAUUACCGUCGCUUCAAGAUCAACAAGCCUCAUGGCUGCACUUGCGGGGCUGCUCUGCAGUCCCAUCAGCAUAUUCUCUUUCGCUGUCACGAUCGCUACUCCGUGCAUUACCCCCGCUUUCUUGGGGAUAUUGCAUCUUUUAUGAAGUACAACCCUACGGCAUUUGGCUUCACCCGGGACCCUUCGGGGGUCAGAUAA